UCUACCUCUGCAGUACCUCUCUUGCUCAUUCCUCCCUGUGCCGGCUGGGGAGACACGCGCUUUCUGCUUUUCUGCCUGGCUGCUGGCUCUGCUCCAGCAUCCCUCCGUGCCUCUUGUGUGCUCACCACCCACCUCCAGCCUAUGUCUCCCCCCGUGGGGUUUGUCGGUCAGCCUGCUUCCCUGGCUGUCGCUGCUGGAGCCAUGGAGCUGUCUGACACAGCACUGCUACGCUGCUACCGCUCUGCCUCGCUUCUCCUCUCUGCCUUUCGCCUCACGCUCUCCUUUGCUGGAUAAUCACCACUGAGUCUGCGAGAGACAGUGAGGGAGGACAGGAAGGGAGGGAGACAGACGGAGAGCCUGCUCUCUUCAUUCAACUGCUGCAUUCUUCAGUUUGUCUCGCCUUGUGCUUUCCUGGGCUGCAGGGAACAACCUCCCUCUGUUCAUUUCUGGGACAAAGUGCAGAGGAGGAGAGAAGAGGGAGGGACUGAGAGCAGGACUUCAGACUCAGCUGCACAGCUCAGUGUCCCGCCUUGCUCCAGAGACACAUAAGACAAAAACAGACACAUAUUUGCAUAGAUUGGGCUCAGUUCAGGCUGACCAGACUGGCAGACGGGGACAUUUUGACAAAGACACACAAUCUGGACAUACACAUAGAGAGACAACAACACAGACAGACAGACUUGGUGUCAUGGCGUCAGUGGACAGCACCGGUUCGAGUGUCUCUGGUCGGCUGAGAUCAGGGGAUCUACUUCAUGCUGGUCUGGUAGUUGCACUGCUGCUUGGUGUAUGGAGUGCUGGUGGACUGGAGGUCUCAACAGGUAAAGUGUCUUCAAUUGAAGCAAUGAAUGGCUCCACAGUCCUGCUGCCCUGCACCUACACCUCCUGCAUUGGCAUCAAAAACCUUUACUUCAACUGGCACUAUUACGACAAUGGAACCAUGAUCAAGUUAUGUGAAGCGGUCAUUCCCAUUGAGGGUGUGGAGCCCAAGGUCAAUGUGUACCAUGAGCGUGUGGAGUUUGUCGGCUCCUCAAAGAGCAACAACAUCUCCAUCCUGCUGUGGAACAUCACCUUCGAAGAUGAGGGAGAGUACAUCUGUUUCGCCAGGAACCCAAAAGAGAAGAAUCGCAACCACAGUGCUAUCUACACUCUUAUAGUGGUGGACCGAAUGAAGGAGGUUGACAAUACUUUGACAGUCAUCAUUGUCUCAGUGCUGGGUGGAGUCAUUGGCUUAGUUAUCAUUAUCAUGGUGAUAAAGGCCUUGGUUGUUCACUUCCUGCUGAAGGAUGAUGAGAAGAAUAAAGAGUGCCUGGUGAGCUCCUCAGGGAAUGACAACACAGAAAAUGGACUUUCAGGAGCCAAAGCUGACAACAAAGGGACACCAAAGGCAUGAGCAAAAUGCCAAGUAUGUCCGUAUGUUUGUAUAUAUGUUAGAAAAAUGUACACGCUGAGAGAAAAUGCUGUUAUCAAUGGACUGUUUUAUCUUAAUAGUGGCUAACUAAUACAACAUGUAAAUGUCUAUUUUAAAUCAUGCUUGAGAUUUGGGAAGUGUGAAAUGUGCAGAGGCCUGGAUAGCUCUCUCACCUACAUGGCAGUCCAUUUGUUACACAGUUAUCGAAUUCUGCUCUACAUCUUACUGGAACCUAACACUCUCUACAGUAAAGCCUCAAGUAAACUGUUUCUGCCUCCAAUUAUAUAUACUUGUGGUUUCCAUAACCGCAUUAACAUUUUCUUAUUUAGGUUACAUCUUCAAACAAAUUACAUUCUUUUUUUUUUUUUUACUUUGAACCCUCUAUAACCAUGUGCUACAACUAAUAAUAACUAUUGCAUCACUUUAGAGGAAGAUGUUUGCACAAAGCAUAUCCUCAGUUGUCUCAGGUUCUUUAUUUAUAGACCAGAUUUCAAUAUUCAACUGCCAAAAUACAGUUACCAGUCUCAGUUGACAUGCUACAAAUAUGUUUGACUCUCAGUUUGGAAUUCAUGGGGCUCUAGUGUAAUCCACAACUCUAAGUCAAACUUGGGCCCAUACAAACCUGACCAGUGGGAACACACACCUUGAUGCCAUGAUGAAUUGAAUUUCUCUCUAACCCCCACUUGACACUGACCCAAACCCACCUGUAAACCCAAACCAGAGGACCAUUCAACCAGAGUUACCAGUAAAUAUACAUCUUUUUAACACUGCUUGUAAAAAUGGCAUUUUAACAUUUAAGGAUCAAGUACCAAUAUUGUAGUACUGAUUUAACAUGUUUAAAUACAACUAGCGAGUAACUAGCGAACCAUACAUUAUGUUAGUUUGCUAGAGGACUUUAAAGCUAUUUUUUCCUGACCUUUUAGUCCUGAUCUAACCAUCGCCCUUAACUACUGCCAUGCCAGCCAGAACUUUAACUUGUAUGUUUACUGCUGGGGGUGUUUGGUUCAUUAAUGCUGACGGCAGAUUUUGAUCAACUACUGGCAAGCUAAGGCUGACAACUGGGCUCCUUUUAGGUGACUGAAGGAUCCAGUUCUGCACAGAUUUUAUUGUUUUGCUUUAGAUGAAACACAGGUGCCUGUUCUGCUUCUGCCCCCUCUGCUGGAGGGAAGAUAAAAACACAGAAAAUGUAUAAAAACAACCAACCCUAACCCUCAUCAAAGACAAUCCCUAGACUACCCAGCUCCCUAUAGAAAUGAAUGAACUUAAUCAUGCUGCUUCUGACAAAUAACCAAUGCAUUUUUAGCAUGUGUGCAUUUUAUAUAACUUCAUAUAAGUAGGCCUAUAUGUUGUCUAGCACCACAGUGCAGGAAGAUUUGUGUGUGUCUCUGUAUGGUCCCAUUUAACCAUUCACAUCAACCUCAACUGACUGAAGCUCUGUCAGUGCUUGAUAAGCACUUCCCAACACUGCUACAACUUUUCUUAGCCCUUUAACCAGGUCAGGGUGAAUGAAAGGUGACACUUUUAAAAAAGCAAGAACAUUUCAGUAUCUCGAAAUUUGAAUCAUACAAUUGAACAACUCUAGAGAAGCACAUCAGCGGGAUAGACUGUAAGAGCAAAAUGCAAUUCUCUGGAUACCAUUUCCACAUUUUCACACUUGUAUGCAGACUCUAACUGGCUACCUUCCAAUUCAAACUUGCUCUGAUAACCAUAAGAAAAUACUUUUACAAAUACAUGUAUUCAUAAUUGUGCUGAGAUAGUCCAAACGAGUCCAUUGAUACUGGCUCGGUAACACAGGUAGCACAGCUUUGGGACAGAUCACUGCAAAAGAAUGUAUAGACUGUCAGGGAACAGAUGUUAAAUAUUGUCCAAAAAGUAUAUUUCAAUUCUUAUAAAAAUGAUAUUCAAUAUGUUAAUGUUAUUAUCAAAUGAAUGUGUGAAUAUCCCAAUAGGCCAUUGCUUAAUUUUCCUUUGCCAAUUGUCUUAUUUUGUGUGACUCUACAAGCAGCCAAUACUUUCAGUGUUUUGCUCGGUUCAGAUUAGCCAACAACUACUUGCUGUGACUGUGUUUAAAUAUUUUGGGCAUUGGAGAUUAUAAGAAGUUUGUGUUGAGUUUCUAAAUAGUACUGGUAUCUUAGCACUAAACAUUUUAUUGUUUUUAUUAAAAGUAUGGAUUAACAUGUGCCCAAGAGUUUGGAGGGAGCUGGGAGUUGUUGAGAGUAAAUUCACAAAAUGAAAUAAGUACAAUAUUACAAAUUGAAAUGGUAGAACAUGCUCCAAUUAAACAGCUUGUAACAUUUUAGAAGUAAUCAUGUUCUGUUUAAGAAAAGACAAAUAGGAAAAGUCAACAAAGUCUUUAGAAUGUCAAUUCCACUUCAUCUCGUGAUAAGUCAACGUAGAUGAACUUAGUGCUAAGAUGCCCACUGAAUACUGGAAACCGCCCUCUAUGCGACUCUGAGUACGAGGGGUCACUUCUGUGAAGCUGGCAGACACCGACCUGCCACACCCACACACACAUAGCUUGAAUAGCUAUGACAGCUGAAAGCUACACACAAACAUACGCACACACAUACACCUCUACACAUGCACUCACUUAGAGAGUGCAGUACAUUGGCCUUGCAUACGAACAAUACAGCACUUUACCACAGUUUAGAGUGGGUGCACAAAAACAAUAUAUUGCAAGAAUUAACAAAAAACAUUUUCACAUUGUUUUUGUCAAGUUUGACUGAGCUCCUGACAACAGCAUUGUGUCACAAUGGUUUUAGCACUGUCUGACUACAUGUCUCACUGGAACAGAGCUCUAUGGAAAGAUUUUAGAUUAUUUUUCUAAUUUUUAAUUUCUGUCAGCCUGCUGCUCUCUAAUACUGGAGUGCAUUUCCUUUCUUGCUUUCAAUGGAAGCAAUUAGACAGACAUCAGAUUAUGCAAUAACCUGUUAUAAGGCACUUUAUAGAUGUGUCUGGACUGGCUGUGAUGGCAACAUUGUCUGUCCAAGGCACUGGUCAUUGUACCGAUGUAUGUAUCUACAGUACUAAUGUAUCUCAGUUGGACUAAUGCAUCGACAUGAGAUUCAUAUAUCUACAUUAGACAGAUGUAUGUGCUUUGGAAAACUGUAAUAGCCGCUAACAUUGUAACUGUGCAGUGUUAGAAGUGAUACAGUAUAUUUGUUGUGUUGUAAAACUGUGAAUGUUAUGGAUAUGAGGGAGCACUACACACACACACACACACACACACACACACAGAGACACAGACAAACACACACUUCCUUGUAUAACAAGUUGUGUUCAGAUCUCUCUGUAAAGAGGGUAAAUACAUCCAAAGUCUUCCUAUAAGGAAAAGCAAUAUUGUGGAGUUGAUCUGUCUGUUAGUGUACUUUUCUUACCACAUACCUUUAACUCUGAUAUAGCUUAACAAAUAGGUGGUUUCAUGUAGGGAUUGUGAUACAUAACUUGUGUAUUUGUGGCCACAGUUCCCAUUGUUUGGUCCCAAUUUUUUUCCUGUGAACCCUAUAUUUAUUUGUAGGUUUUCUGGAGUGAAGCUCGUUAACCCUACCUUUCAGUUCCAGGAGAUUCUUUCUUAUCUCUGACUUGCUCUGCCAGUUUGAAUAUAUUUCCCUGAAGUAAAACAACUACUGACAAAGUGGAAAAACUUCCACAUCAAUAUAUGCCCAGCAAACCAUACACAGGUAUGUGAAGAGGGUGUAUGAGCGAUUUAGCUGUUUUAAUGAAGGCCAUAUAUAUGUGUGACAGAUAUAAUAAUGCUAUCUGAUUUAAUGCAUGAAUGCAGUCAUGCAGUCUUGCUUUCAUAACCCCAUGAAAAUCUACUGGGUUAGGAAACCACCAAAAUGCUGUUUUCACUUUUUAAAAUGAUUAUUGUUCUCUCAUAUAUGCCCCUUUGCACAUUCUGACCUGCCUUGUCUUUCUCCAAAAAAAAAAAAAUAUCUGUCCUGAACUUUACAUGAGUCUUGAGGUCAGCCAACAGCUGGCAGUGAUUGCUGCCUUACCGAGUAUGCCCUGUGUACAGUGUAGAUGCUUCUCUGCAGUGGUGCAAUACAGUAAAUAAAGUAUGACUGCCACCCAGCGGUAAAUACCCAACACAUUAAAUAAUCUCCCCUCUAGUGGAGGCUGAUGAGACAUACAAUUUAAACAUGCACUUAUUACAGUUUGAUUCAGACUGAAAUGACUGCAUAAUGAAAAAACUAAACUUAAAGCUAAGAUUAGAAUUUUAUGUAAGUGAGUGAUAAAAUCAUUUGUACAAUUUCCAUAGUUGAAAUUGUUGCUAAUUGCUUUAGAUAAUGCUACUACUUAGAUUGUUUAUAAGUAUACAUAAUUUUAAUGCCCAUUGGACAUUUUAUCUACAUUUAAAAAGGGGUGAUGUGCAUGUAUAAGUUUACACUAAAUCUAUUAGGAAAAGGAUACAUGCAACAAUUUGUACAAACAUGAAUUCUUUAUCAAAUCACUCGCAUAGUGAGCAUUAAAUAGUUACAGUCUCAGUGUUACUGUCACAUUAUUCACUAAAAUAACAGAACAAGUGUUAGGAGUUCUGAUUGACCACUUUGAUUCCUUAGAGUUAGUAUUGCUCUUACUGCCAGAGCGGCUGAAACUCACACUGCCAAUCCAAGAGUCUCACGUCUGCUGUUGUUCCAACACUAUUACAAUGACACACAACUCACUUAGUACACUUACACCACCAAACCAUGUUGUAUUACCGUCUACCGCCUAUUAAUGGUAUUUCAGUACUAAAUUGUGGAUGAUAUUGCUCUAUACUACUUCUGUAUUUCUAGCAGCUGAAACUCACACUGCCAAGCCAAGAGUCUGACGUCUGCUCUCUGCUUCCUACAUUCCACACAGAUCAAAAGAUCAAACCACUGAUCUAACGUCGGUGUAGUUCAGCAGAAGAGUUAACUUUACUAAAAAACCUGAUGAAAUAGGAGCAAUAUGUUCUUAUUUUGGCACAAACACAAUUGUUUUCCUUGUGAGAAUUUUCAGAUGGUGAACUUUGUUCAAAUUAUUGUUAGUGAUGCCAAAAUAUGAUGCAUAUUGUGACCUACUGUGUGUCAAUAUUAUAUUACACGCCUAGCAAACUGCCUUCUAUACAGAUUUUAUCUUAUAGACCAAGGCUAGCUGGCUACAGAUUUGAAUUAUAAUAAGUUCAGGCUGACACUGACCUCUCCCCAUUUUUUCACUGCAGUCCUGCAUUUUAAACAAUUUCAACAAUAUAUUUUUACACAUCCAGCAGCUAUAAAUGUAAUUCUAUCUUAAUCAAAAUAACAAACUCAUAUAUUUUAUCUUAAACUAUCAAAAGCCACCGACAUUAUACAAAUUACAGUAUUUUAUAGUAAGUUGAAAUCUUGCAGCAAAUUCCUACAGUAUAUUUUGCUUACAUCAGCACAGUCCAUUCAACACACACACACACACACACACACACACACAUACAACAAAUCUGCCAGGUUUCCUGGAUCAACUUUCCUCUGAGUGUUCAGCUGUUUGUCUGUGUUUGUGACCAUGUUGCUCAUGCUCCCCUCAUGACUAUGCACCUCAAACUUUUGACUUGUUAAAAAAAAAAACAUACAUACCAGAAAUAAAAUGUUGAUUGAAAUUCCCAGAGCA